GCUGUUUUUGACAUCAUGGUGACCGGAAUCAGUCAAACCUCGGAAAUUGUACAGCCAGGCGUAGAAAAGUCAAAGCUUUCAACUUGCAUGAUAGCACCUGCCCUGUUUCAAUUCAAGGAUUCUACCUUUGAAUACUCCGUCUACAAACCUUCAUCGCGAUUCCUAAAGGAUUUCGACACUAUCUUUCCUAGUCUCAGUGCUAAAACGCGAGAGCAGCUACUAGUUAUACCCGUAGUUCAGAAGUGUGUGAAUGAUAUGGUAGGAUUUUCUGAAGUUGUCAAUAAAGAAAGAGACGUCAAACUGGAAUUGUUUGUCGAAUGGGGUAAACUAGUAGUAGACCGUAUUAAAUCAAUUGGAAUGUGGGCAGAAAUAAUGGAUCCAGCAUCUGGAUUCCCUGUCUUUGGUGAAAGUGGGCCAAGUCCAUAUCCUGAUGUCCAAGGCACACACAUGCUUGCCCCAAGAUUUGAUGUUCAAAAUGUUGGUUGUUGUCAUAUUUUAUUACAUCCAACAUGGUAUAGUUAUAUUUAUCCAUCAACCAUGUUUACCACUGCGCCAGCAGAUGUCUUUCAAAAAGUGAUUGAUGAGAUCAAUCAAAAAAAACUUUAAAUUGACAGGAUAAAUAGUUUUGCCAUAUAGCCAUAUUAUAUUUCACCCAAUUGAAACUCUGGUUGCUCAGAUUACAUCAUGAUGAUUUUACUGAAUAAAAAAAAUAAUA